CGACAAGGCUACCAUUCCACCGGGUUCGCACAUUGAUCCAAUCGAUCAAGCCAUUGCUGUCCCGGGAAAUGGAGACAUCCCAUCAACCUUAGCCGAGCCUCAGUCCGGAAUCGGCCUUGUCAUGGGAUCAGAAGGACCUUCAGACAUAGUUCGCAAAUUCGGACGAUCUUUCAGCACUGUCGAAGACGCGGUCCACCAUCGAGGCCACGCAAGAGCCGUCACCGAAAAGGCUCCCAACUACAGCACCAACAUUCAGGGCUCAGAGCUCAGUGUAAUGGGAGAGCCGCGACUCGGUUCCGUGAUUCGGAGGAAUGGACAUAGUGUUCCGAGGAUAUUCACAGGAAGCUUCUCAGAGCUGGAGGAUAGCAUUCGCAAGCUUCGCCUACCUGUGUCUGAGAUUCAGCGAGUGCCACAGACUGCAGGCAUUCAUUCGGUGGCAGUGACCACCGCCCGCACCACACCACUCUCGAGCGUACCACCAAGCCCGAGGAUGCCACCGAGUCCCGCCACCCUUCAACGUCGAGAAGCCCUUCUUGAGCGUGACGUGGCCUUCCAGGACCGUAUCAUCAAGGGUGAUGUGAUCCGUAGUCGCCGACCAUCAGACCGCGUGCCUUCUGAAUUGGCACUCAACAUUUCUGGUAAUUCUCAGCAACACGAUGCUUUGGAACGCUGGCUCGACGAGGAAGUAGAGCCCACUGUCUUGCGCGCAUCUCGUGGCCAGAAGAAGAACACUUUGUGAGUAUUCCUCAAGCAAGAGCAGGUGAUCAGCAAUCGCGAAAGACUUUCGCUUUGACGAUGAUGUUUGACAAGUCAGGAUUGUCUCCAUUGUCGUCUCCAAUCUUGACGACGUAA